AUGAGCCUGGAGAAUGAUGACAAGCGGGCUCGCACGCGCUCCAAGGCUCUCCGAGGACCCCCGGACACAGCAGGCCCAGACCUCAGCUGCCCCACCCCAGGAUGCACGGGCUCAGGCCACGUUCGGGGCAAAUACUCCAGGCACCGCAGCUUGCAGAGCUGCCCUCUGGCCAAGAAGAGGAAGCUGGAGGGCUCUGAGGCUGAGCAUCUGGGGUCCAAGAGGAAGUCCCAGCCCCUGGGGCUGACGCUGGGUGCAGGUGAUGGCGCAGACAGUGAGAGCAGCGAGGACCCCGAGGUGAAGGCCGCCUCUGUUUCGGGAGAAUCGGACGGAACCCCAGAGGAGGCUGCGGCCAGGCUGCCUGGGCAGGAGCAGAUUCAUCGUCUGGAGCCAGCUGCAGGGAGGAGCCCUCUCAAGUCCCAUUUUGGACCCAAGCCUGGCAGCAGCCCCCCCAGCUCCUCCAAGGGUGGCUGCAGCAGCUACCAGGGGGUCAUCGCAGCAUCUCUCCUCACCCUUGGCCAGAUCCCGGAGGAGGCCCUGGGUGGAGAAGACCCAGGCCUGGGGGCCAGGCAGGGCCCGGCUGUGGCGCGGCUGCUUCAGGAGGGAGCCGACAAGGGACAGAAGGACCUGUUUGUCCGAGCAGGAGAUGUAGGAGAGGCCCUUGAGGUCAGUGAUCUGCACAACCAGGAGCCCCAGCCGCGAGCCCUGGAGGAGGUGGCCAGAGAGGUGUCUAGCCAGCAGAAGGGUCCCCAGGAAGAUGAUGAGGAUGACGAUGACGAUGAGGAUGAGGACGAGGAGGAGGAUGAGGAGGAGGAAGAAGAAGAAGAUGGCAUGGAGGAGGAAGAGGAAGAAGAGGAUGUAGAGGAAGAGGAGGAAGAGGAUGAGGAUGAGGAGGCAGCGACAGCCUCUGAUGUGAUAUUUGAGGAUGCCACUUCCUGCACCUCUGCCCAGAAGGGCCUGGAACCAGCCAGCCCUAAGCCGGAAUAUUCUGUCCUGGUGGAGGUCCGCUCAGAUGAUGACAAGGAUGAGGAUGCACGCUCCCCACGGUCGGCUGUCACAGAUGAGUCUGAGCUAUAUGAUGUGCUGACCCGUGGGAAUCUGGGCCUCCUGGAGCAGGCCAUCGCCCUGAAAGCCGAGCAGGUGCACGAGCCAGGCAGCCCCCUCUCUGAACAGGGUCCCCCGGGCCCGGGAGAGGCAGGAAAGGCAGCCAAGUCCCUAGAUGCCAUGCGCAAGAGCUACUAUAACAAAGAUCCUUCGAGAGCUGAGAAGCGGGAGAUCAAGUGCCCAACACCCGGCUGUGACGGCACUGGGCACGUGACGGGGCUGUACCCGCACCACCGCAGCCUGUCUGGCUGCCCCCACAAGGACAGGAUCCCCCCGGAGAUCCUGGCCAUGCAUGAGAAUGUGCUGAAGUGCCCGACUCCUGGCUGCACAGGUCAAGGCCAUGUGAACAGCAACCGCAACACGCACAGGAGCUUGUCUGGCUGUCCUAUUGCCGCUGCGGAAAAGUUAGCCAAAACCCAUGAGAAGCCACCACCACAGCCGGGAGAGCUCUCCAAGAGCGGCUCUAGCUCUGAUCGGAUCCUCAGGCCCAUGUGCUUUGUGAAGCAGCUCGAAGUCCCUCCAUACGGGAGCUACCGGCCCAGCAUGGCCCCUGCCACCCCCAGAGCCAACCUGGCCAAGGAGCUGGAGAAGUUCUCCAAGGUUACCUUUGACUACGCAAGUUUUGAUGCUCAGGUUUUUGGCAAACGUGUGCUUGCCCCAAAGAUUCAGACCAGCGAAACCUCACCCAAAGCCUUUCAAUGCUUCGACUACUCGCAUGACGCUGAGGCUGCGCACAUGGCUGCCACCGCCAUCUUAAACCUCUCCACUCGCUGCUGGGAGAUGCCCGAGAACCUCAGCAUGAAACCCCAGGACCUGCCCGGCAAGGCUGGAGACAUCGAGGUGGAUGAGAACGGGACUCUGGACCUGAGCAUGAAUAAGCACCGGAGACGCGAGCACACCGUCCCCAGCAGCAGUAGCAGCAGCAGCAGCCCCGGUGUCCGAUCGCCUGAUGUUGGCCAGCGUCCGGGCAGCACCAUGACCUCACCCCUGUGUGGCCAGGCCUCCCGCCAGGAUGAAUGGGACCGGCCCCUGGACUAUACCAAACCUAGCCGCCCGCGGGAGGAGGAACCAGAGGAGUCAGAGCCAGCAGCCCAUUCUUUUGCUUCUUCUGAAGCAGAUGACCAGGAGGUGCCAGAGGAGAGCCUCGAGGAGCGCAAGUACCCGGGAGACGUUACCCUGACCAACUUCAAGCUCAAAUUCCUCUCCAAGGACAUAAAGAAGGAACUGCUCACCUGUCCCACGCCGGGUUGUGAUGGCAGUGGCCACAUCACUGGGAACUACGCCUCCCACCGCAGCCUCUCUGGUUGCCCUCUUGCUGACAAGAGCCUCAGAAACCUCAUGGCUGCCCACUCUGCUGACCUCAAGUGCCCCACACCUGGUUGUGAUGGCUCUGGCCACAUCACAGGGAACUAUGCGUCACAUCGGAGCCUGUCUGGCUGCCCUCGUGCCAAGAAGAGUGGGGUGAAGGUGGUACCUAGCAAGGAUGAUAAGGAGGACCCUGAGCUGAUGAAGUGCCCAGUGCCUGGCUGUGUGGGACUUGGUCACAUCAGUGGCAAAUAUGCCUCCCACCGGAGUGCGUCUGGCUGUCCACUGGCCGCACGGAGGCAGAAGGAGGGCGCCCUCAACGGCUCGUCCUUCUCCUGGAAGUCACUGAAGAAUGAGGGGCCUACUUGCCCCACACCAGGUUGCGAUGGCUCUGGCCAUGCCAACGGGAGCUUCCUCACCCACCGGAGCUUGUCCGGCUGUCCCAGGGCAAGCUUUGCUGGAAAGAAGGGAAAACUCUCAGGGGACGAGGUUCUCAAUCCAAAGUUCAAAACCAGUGAUGUGCUGGACAACGAUGACGAGAUCAAGCAGCUGAACCAGGAGAUCCGGGACCUGAACGAGUCCAAUUCGGAGAUGGAGGCCGCCAUGGUGCAGCUGCAGUCCCAGAUCUGCUCCAUGGAGAAGAGCCUGCGGACCAUCGAGGAGGAGAACAAGCUCAUUGAGGAGCAGAAUGAAGCCCUCUUCCUGGAGCUGUCUGGCCUGAGCCAGGCCCUUAUCCAGAGUCUUGCCAACAUCCGCCUCCCGCACAUGGAGCCAAUAUGUGAACAGAACUUCGAUGCCUAUGUGAGCACUCUCACGGACAUGUACUCCAACCAGGAGUGCUACCAGAGCCCCGAGGACAAGCACCUCCUGGAGAGCAUCAAGCAAGCCGUGAGGGGCAUCCAGGUCUAA